UCAAUAUUAAACGAUUUUUUUAAGAAUUUUUUAAAAUAAAUUCUCAUUCUUACUGUUAUAACCAUUUGUGCUUUUAAAGAAAUUUAUUUUUUCCUAUUUUUAGAACUGCAUUUGGCUACCUAUCCAUGUUAUUGACUGUUGAACAAAACAAAAAUGAGUAAAGAGUAGAUUUAGUGAUUUUAGAUCUUGGAAUCUUUAAAAUUCAAUUUAAAAAUAUGUUAUUUACUUACGAGUCUUCUUCUUCUUAUUUUUUUAUUAAUAUCAAUUUUAAAUUUCUAAUUCAAACAUGAAAUGAAAGAAGUUUUAAAGCAAAUUAAAUAAAGGCCUAACAACGAAUAUCUUAAGAAUAACAAGAAUGAUCAAAUUAAUCUAUUACAUGUCGUCAAUAAGAUUAUAAUUUUCUAUUUCCGGUAAUAUGUCUAUGUCUACUAUCUUGUGAUAAACUUUCAUUUGAACAAAACUUUUUUCGUACGCAUUGCAUAUGAUUAUAUAAAAAAUUACUGGAAUAAUUGAAUAAAUAAUCGAUCAUGCGCGCAACACUAGAAAUAUUACAACUAUCUUCAAAACGAUCGAUAACACCGUAGGAUGCAACCAGUAAUCAUUUGACAACCUAACAAUAAAUAUGAAAACCUCAGUUUGAAACAGUACUAUUUGUCUUCAAGUAAGCUUUACGAAAAAUAAAAAUAAAUUUUCUAAUUAUCAGUAGGGUUUCAAUAUGCAUGUCAAUGGAGUGAAUUGAGCUUACGUAUCCUUGGAAUAUGGCCACUUUAUAAUUUUACUUUACUAAAAAAAUUACGAGUUUAUUUGUACACUAUUUUCGUUGUUUCCGUAUUUUAUUUACCACACACCGGAACAAUCAUCACUAUUUGGGGUGAUAUUGAUAGUAUGGUUAAUUUACUUUCCUAUAAUGUUUCUGCGAUAGUCGCAAUCGCCAAAUAUAUUGUUUUGUAUAAACAGAGACAUGCUCUGGCAUCGAUUAUUAAGCUAAUGGCUGAAGAUUGGAAUUCUGUAAAAUCGGAACAUCAUAUCAAAAUAAUGAUGAAUGAAGCAAGAACUGGAAGAAUACUGGCAUUUAUAUCACUUUUAUAUGCUCCGUUAAUUGUAAUUUUACAUAUUUUAGUUACGACUUAUUUAAAACCAGAAAAGUUUUUUCUCUACGGAUCAAUUCCAACCAUAGCAAGCAAUCUGAUGUGGCCAAGCUAUUUUCCGUUUAAUACAUCAAGAAAAUAUAUUUUCGAAACAACCUGGGUGUGCCAAAUAACUGCGACCUUGUUUACGUCAUUAGUAUAUGGAACUUUUGAUACUUUUAUGACGGUAGUUGUUCUGCAUCUUUGUAGCCAACUUGCUAUAGUUCGGGUUCAAUUAAAAAAUCUCUACGAUGACGUAAAUCAACAUCCGUAUGCUGACAAACUAGUAACGAAUAAGCUUCGAUAUGUUAUUCAACGGCACCAAGAGCUUAUCAGUUUGGGAGAAACUAUUGAAAAAACUUUUAAUUUAAUACUUCUUCCGCAAUUGAUAUGCUAUCCACUAAUUUUUUGUUUCCAAGGAUAUGCUAUGUUAACGAGUAUGGCUAAAACUCAAACGACAAGUCUUCAAAUUUUGUACUAUCUGAGCUAUGAUACUUACACGUUAUAUCAUCUAUUUAUAUUUUGUUGGAUUGGAGAACAUCUUUAUCAUGAGAGUACGUCCGUUGGAUAUGCUUACUACGAAAGCAUCUGGUACAAUCAUUCAAUUACGAAUGCAUAUUCACUCGUAAUUGUUGGCUGUCGCACUUUAAGACCACUUCGCAUAACAGCCGGAAAAUUUGCUAAUUUUUCAAUUCACUUGUUCGUGGCAAUACUAAAAACUUCAAUGGGAUAUCUUUCUAUGCUUCGAGCUGUUGAAAGCCGUGGAUGAUUCGAUAUUGAUAUAAUCAGCAGUUUAUCAAUUUAAAAAAUUACUGUGAUAUGUGAAUAUAGAAUAUUGUUAAUUAUAACAACUAUUUUUUUGCUCAAAAUACUGUUAAUAUUAUUUUUUUUAAAACGAUUGUCAAAGGUACGAAUUUUAAGGUAUUAGAAAUAUUUUAUGAUUAUAACGUGAUCAUCGAAAGCCCAUUUUCAAAUUUCCUGACUCUAAAUAAAAUUCCAGUAUCUACUGAAGAAAUGAGUAAUUAGUAAUAAUAAUAGAACAC